CCUCCGCGGGCAGCCCUGCCCACGAACCGCCCCUGAAGGCGGACGGCGGGCGCAGGAUGGCCGGGCCGUCGGGGGCAGCGCAGUGGGCCUCCGAGUCCCUGGCCCUGGCCGAGCUGGGGGCCUACCACGCCUACGCGCGCCGCUGGGUCUUCCUGCUGGUGGUCAGUCUGCUCAGCUGCUCCAACGCCACGCUAUGGCUCAGCUUUGCACCCGUGGCCGACACCGUCGCCCAGCGCUUCGGCCUGUCCACCAAUCAGGUCAACUGGCUCUCACUGGUCUACUUUAUAGUGUCCAUCCCAUCUGGCCUGGUGGCCAUUUGGGUCCUGGACUCAGUUGGGCUCCGCUGGGCGACCAUCCUGUGCGCAUGGCUGAACUUCAUCGGGAGCGGUCUCCGUGCCGUGCCCUGCAUGCCUGUCAGCGUCAAGGACCCAUUUGCCUUCCUCAUGGGUGGCCAGAGCCUCUGUGCCCUGGCCCAGACCCUGGUCAUCUUCUCUCCGGCCAAGCUGGCCGCACUGUGGUUCCCUGAGCACCAGCGAGCCACAGCCAACAUGAUCGGCACCAUGGCAAACCCCCUGGGUGUCCUGGUGGCCAACGUGCUGUCUCCUGCCCUGGUGAAGAAGGAGGGUGACAUCCCCAUAAUGCUGGGCAUCUACAUGAUUCCCGCCGGACUCGCCUGCCUGCUGGCUACCUCGUGCCUCUGGGAGAGUGAGCCCCCCACCCCGCCCUCUGCCGGAGCAGCCCAGUCCACCUCGGAGAAGUUCCUGGACGGGCUGAAGCUGCUCUUGAGGAACAAGGCUUACGUCAUCCUGGCCGUGUGCUUCGGGGGCGGCAUUGGUAUCUUCUCCAGCUUCUCGGUCCUCCUGCAGCAGGUCCUCUGCGUGGAAGGCUACUCCAACGAGUUCGCAGGCCUCUGUGGGGCUCUGUUCAUCGUGUUUGGGAUCCUGGGGGCACUGGGCCUCGGCCUGUACGUGGACCGGACCAGGCAUUUCACAGAAGCCGUCAAGGUUGGCUUCUGCCUGACCUCUUUGGUCUGCGUGGCCUUUGCCCUGGUGUCCCAGCUUCGGGGACAGACCAUCGCGCUGGCCGCCAUCUGCUCACUGUUUGGGCUCUUCGGCUUCUCCGUGGCGCCCGUCGCCAUGGAGCUGGCGGUGGAGUGCUCCUUCCCUGUCGGGGAGGGCGCCGCUGCCGGCCUGGUCUUCAUACUGGGGCAGGUGGAGGGCGCGCUCAUCAUGCUGCUGCUGACUGCCCUGACUGUGCGCCGCGCGAAGCCAGGCUUCUCAGCCUGCCAAGGGGACCAGAACUCCCUGGAUUGGGAGGUGUCCAUGCUGCUGCUGGCCGGCCUGUGUACACUCUUCAGCUGCUGUUUGGUGCUUUUCUUCCACCCCUCAUACCGGCGCCUGCAAGCGGAGGCCAGCACUGGCCCUUGUGGCAGGGACAGGGCGGCCCUGUGGCAGACCCUCCCGGAGGCCCCCCCCAGGCACCCUGGGGGCCCGGACCGCUCCGAAGAUGCAGGAAGCCCUGCGGCAGCUCACUCCUAGGGCUGAGAAGCUGGCCUGGAGGUGUGGGGGGCACUGGAGCUCUGGUCACCUGGGUCGUGACAGCCACUGCUGAGCCUGGGCACGGCAGGGGGGCCCAGUGGCCACACCAUACCUGCAGUGGCUGGCACAGGGGCACGUGGGGACGUGGCUGACGGGGAGCCGGAUAGGCUGGGGUUCCCGAGGGUCCUAGGUGUCUGGAAGGCACAGGUGCGGGGAGCCUUCCUCGAAGGAGUCCCUCCCAGAGCCUCUCUCAGCCUGGGUCACUGAGUGGGCAGACCCUCAGCCUGGGCGCUGACAGGUGGGGCCGGGCCGGGCUGGGCGUGGCAGAGGCAGGACCCAGAGGCGUGUGUGCCCUCCGGGCCCUACUGCCCCAGAUGGACACGUCCCUGUCCCUACAGACACUUGCAGGCAGGUUUGUAGAUUCAGGUUUAUUGAACUGGCCACAGCCCGGGUCGGGGUGGGGACACCCGUCACUCCUCUUUCUCCUCCCCAUGGGUGAGCACAUAGCUCAGCGCCUUAUAGUCCAGGUUGCCUGCAGCAUCAAUGGUAGCAAACUGGAACAUCUGGUUGACCUGUGAGCAGGGUGUUGGGGGUCAGAUUCAGGCAGGAGGGGACAAGCCAAAGGGUCCCUAAGGGCUGCGGCCCGAGACUGCAUGACAGGCCCUGAGCUCCCGCUGGCUCUGGCCUUGUUGCCACACUUGAGGAGGGGCCAGCUGGGGCCCAGCCACAGGGCGUCCCCUCCCAUGGCAGCACUGCAGCAUCUCUGGGCUGGGGCACACUCCCAGCAGACCCCUGGAGUCCCGGGGGCCACGGGGGAGGGCAGCAGGUGGGGCAAGGGGCCGAACCUCCUCUGCAGUCAUCUUGUCCGCCUGGGACAUGAGCAGCCGUUUGAUGCUGAGGAUGAGGAGAGAGGCCCAAGUUAGCUGCUCUGAAGAAGGGGUCAGCACAGGACAGCUGGACAGUGAUGGGGGGGCGAAGCUCACAGCACAGGCGUCCACAGGGGUAGGGGCGCUUGGAGUUGGGCUCACGGAGCCUUUCCGGACAUACACACAUGUGCACACACACACACACGUCACUGUCCCUGUGGGGCGGAGACUGAGGGCAUGGGAGCCAGACACCCCGCCCCCCAGGGCUUGGCCCAGGGAGCCCCCCAGACCCAGCACUGGCCGCAGGGGCAGGACGGGUUCACCCUCUGUUAUUCUGAGGGAAACUGGGUGGGGCGUGAGCUUAGGAAACUGGGAGCCGGAGCCACACUCACUAGUCCUUGUGGAUGCUGCCUUUGCUUUCGGGGUCCAGCAUCUUGAAGGCAUUCAGGAUGGUCUCCUCAGUGUCCGUACCUGCCCACAGAAACUCUCGGCCUGCCCUGGCCACCUGUGCUCCCGCCACCCUGUGCUGCCAGCCCAGAGGGCCCUCCCGACCCCAAGCACCUGGCAGCCCCUGCCCUAGGCACCUGUGCUCAGAGUCCUGCCCGGGCCCAGGGCUGCGCACAUGCCCAGGGAGCGGGGGCGGGGCUGGGGCAGAGUGGGGAAAGGUACGUGAGGUGUGUGAGGCACACGUGGGGGUCCCAGAAAGGUCCUGGGGCUUUUCAGGAGAUGUGACAAUCCAGACUUGUGUGAGAAAUGUCUGCAUUUCUAAAUAAACGCAUGCAGCCUG